AUGGAUAAAUUUGCUCGUCAAGCCUUGGCAGAAGGCAUAACAUCACGUGAAGAUAUUGUCGUCACAAUGGAUUCAGAAAUAUUUCGUACACUCAAUCAACAUUAUAACAGGAAUAAUCAUGUCCAGCCGCCUGAGAGUUUGGUAAAUGUCGUACAAGAAUCGUUACGAGAGUUCUUUGACGCUAUUCGACUUGGUAAGGAUGCAGAACCAUCGUGGAAGAAACAAAUUUACAAGGUUCGUUUAAUGAACGAUGUGGUGGUGCGACAACUAGUUCUUGUGAAUUUCAUACAUGCUGGUGGAGCGCGGUGA